AUGCUCCAGCUGACAGGCGUCCACGAAAGAUCUUCAUGUGAGUUCUUAUCUCGUGUCAGUCAACCUACUUCUACAGAUACAAUCUGUACUUAGACAGGUCAGUACUGUCACUAAACUUCUAAAGGCUCGAACAUGCACGUGCAACUGACCCUCCUCGUCUGCCUGCCACUGCUGGCACUGGCCCAGGACAUUGACCUCACGGCAGUGGCGGCGGCUUCCUUCAGGAGAAUAGACGCCAACCAUGACGGUCACCUGACGAGAUCAGAGCUGGAGAACUACUUCACGGCUUACGACGGAAACAAUGAUGGACGGGUCUCCAGAAUCGAAUACUUCCAUUAUAUCGAUGCCACCUACCACGAUCCCGACGCCAACCGAGUACUCCACAGCCUCUUCGACGACCUGGAUUUCAACGACGACAGCAACCUCAACCUGCUAGACUACAACCACUUCUUCACGGCGGCGGACUCCAACAACAACAACCAGCUCACCCAGCUGGAGUAUGAAAGACAAUUCCGAGUGCUCGUUGGGCCAUCGUUUGGUUAAACUCACAAAAACGAAUCAAUAAAAAAAACAUUGUAUAA